CACUUCCAAAGUCGGUUUAACAGGAAGACAGUUCGCGGGCGUUGCGAUCUGUUCGCGUGAGCUCGCCAGAAUCUAUUGCAUCGCCAGUGACAGCGCAAACAUUGUCCCUCAAUCCUUCCGCUGCCCCUCGGGCUACGAGCUUCGUCAUAAUGCAGCAUGGAAUCCCUGCUCACAUUGUUGAAAGUGCCCGCUGCUUGUUUCGGGAAUGCUUGCGACGGGCAGAUUACAUAGGAGCUCAGCACGGAAACAGAGAGGUAUUGAAAUCCCUUGUGCGGGAACAAUUCAGAAGAAAUAUGCACGAGACCGAUCCUGAGAAAAUCGAAGAGCAGAAACAAGCGGCUGCACGAGCAUUGUUCAACCACAUGUAUUAUGAAGCAGGUCGUAUGGCUGCAGAGCAAGCCGAGAAUGAGCUAAUAAAGGAAUCGCUGCUGGGGUUGCCAAAACCAGCUCUUGAAAUGACUUUACAGGACGAGGAUAAUAAAGCCUCUAGUUAAAUGCAGAGGCGCUCAAUCUUGGGUGUCUUUCUCAACAAUGAUCCUCUGGUUUUGAGCUGUGAAGGCAGCUUGCGGUUUGUGAUUGCACGCUGCGUUUUACGAAUUGGUUCCCGACUAAUAAUCUUCUGUUACCUCUAGUUUUCAUUGGUCUACAGCAAUCACUUUAGCUGGCUCUUUGGAGAUCGAACUAACUGUGGCGCUGUCCACCUAGUUCAAAGUGUACAUUGUUAGUGUCAGCAUAACAUUGAGCUUCUAUUGAGCAUCUGAGUGACUGACAAUCAGUUCAACGAGCCAGUAUUUUCCCGUGUGAAAAGUUCAUGAAAUUACUUGGGCUAUCAUUUAGACAUGGAUAUAUCUUAUUAUGGAAUGAAGCCCGAUAUAGUGGCUCCAUUGGUUCUGUUCGA